AUGUCUUGGAAGCUUACCAAGAAGUUAAAGGAAACCCAUCUGGGUCAGUCCUUGAGCCCCUUUUCCCGAUCACCAUCCACUUCUACCAUUACCGACAAGGAGAAGGAAGCACAGGCCAGCGGCUCCGUUACUCCCACGACCGAAAAUGCCAUAGCUGCUUCUGAGGCCAUGACGCAGGCACCCGUUGUCAAGCCCCCAAAGCCCGGUAUUCUCGUCGUUACCCUCCAUGAAGGUUCAGGAUUUUCCCUUCCCGAGCAGCACCGAAGUGCAUUUGCCUCAUCACACCAAGGAUCAAUGUCCUCUGGAAACAACAUGUCCGGAUCUGUUCGACCAGGCUCUUCACAACGUGUCGCUGGGUCUCUUGCUAAUGGCAGCGGCCGACCACAAUCGGCAGCAGGUGGGUUCAACGGUAUCCCCACCAACCACGGCCGAAUUUCUGGAAAGUACAUGCCAUAUGCUCUCCUCGAUUUCGACAAGGUCCAGGUCUUUGUCAACUCGGUGGACGGAAACCCCGAGAACCCUCUGUGGGCUGGCGGAAACACCCAGUACAAGUUCGAUGUUUCAAGAGUGACAGAACUCGUCAUUCACCUGUACAUGCGCAACCCUACAGCGCCACCCGGAUCUGGACGAAGCCAGGACAUUUUCCUUGGUGUGGUCCGCAUCAACCCCCGAUUUGAAGAGAGACAGCAGUACGUGGAGGACCCCAAGGCCAGCAAGAAGGACCGUGAGAAGGCGGCUGCCGAGCACGCAUCGCGCAGCGGUCACUCAGGUGCCGAAUGGGUCGAUGUGCAGUACGGAACCGGCAAGAUCAAGGUUGGUGUCGAGUACGUCGAGACCCGCGCAGGCAAGCUCAAGAUAGAGGACUUUGAGCUCCUCAAGGUCGUCGGCAAGGGCAGUUUCGGUAAGGUUAUGCAGGUGCGCAAGAAGGACACGAACCGAAUCUACGCUCUCAAGACAAUCCGCAAGGCGCACAUUAUUUCACGAUCCGAAGUUGCCCACACACUCGCCGAACGGUCUGUGCUGGCGCAGAUCAACAACCCUUUCAUUGUACCGCUCAAGUUCAGUUUCCAGUCACCAGAGAAGCUAUACUUUGUCCUCGCCUUUGUCAACGGAGGUGAGCUGUUUCAUCAUUUGCAAAAGGAGCACCGAUUCGACGUCAACCGAUCCCGAUUCUACACCGCCGAGCUUCUUUGUGCUUUGGAAUGUCUUCACGGCUUCAGCGUCAUCUACCGAGAUCUUAAGCCCGAGAACAUUCUCCUGGAUUACCAGGGUCACAUUGCUCUGUGUGAUUUCGGUCUCUGCAAGCUUGACAUGAAGGACGAGGACCGAACCAACACCUUCUGUGGUACUCCCGAGUACUUGGCCCCUGAGUUGUUGAUGGGUCAAGGCUACAACAAGACCGUCGAUUGGUGGACUCUUGGUGUUUUGCUGUACGAGAUGUUGACAGGUCUCCCUCCUUUCUACGAUGAGAAUACCAACGAGAUGUACCGCAAGAUUCUAUCAGAGCCUCUCCACUUUUCCGACGUGGUUCCUCCGGCUGCCAAGGAUCUUCUUACCAAGCUGCUCAACCGUAACCCUGAGGAGCGAUUGGGCGCAAACGGUUCUGCCGAGAUCAAGGCGCACCCCUUCUUCCAUGCUAUUGACUGGCGGAAGCUACUACAGCGCAAGUACGAGCCUACAUUCAAGCCCAGUGUGGCCGAUGCUCUGGACACCGCCAACUUUGACCCCGAAUUCACAUCCGAAGCACCUCAAGAUUCCUACGUCGAGGGCCCUAUGCUGUCACAGACCAUGCAGAACCAGUUCCAAGGUUUCAGUUAUAACCGUCCGAUUGCUGGUCUUGGAGAUGCUGGUGGUAGUGUCAAGGAUCCUUCAUUUGUUGGAAGCUUGACAGAUAACCGAUAA